GGGGAUGGUUUACGGUGCAGACUUUGACCCUGAAGGACGACGCAUGACUCUGUGUCGAUCUGUCAGACCUCAGCCUACCUCCGGCUGCGUUGGUUGCCUUACUCCGUCCACACACCAUGAAGGUUGAGUUUGCUCCUGUAGUUUUGCCCCUGAAUAGGAGGCUACAGACGGCUGCAGUGCUCCAGUGGGUCUUCUCCUUUCUUUGUCUGGCCCAGGUCUGCAUUGUGCUCUUCAUCUCCCUGCUGUUCACGCGCCUAUGGCUGAUCAGUGUGCUGUACGGCGUGUGGUGGUUCAUCGACUGGGACACGCCCUCUAAGGGGGGCAGGAAGCUUCCCUUCCUGUGUAACCUCCCAAUGUGGGACUACAUGAGAGACUACUUCCCCGUCAAGCUGGUGAAGACCGCUGAUCUGGACCCCAGGGAAAACUACAUAGUGGGCUUCCAUCCCCAUGGCAUCCUGGUGGCCGGGGCCUUCACUAACUUCUGCACAGGGGCCACCGGCUUCAAGAAGCUGUUCCCCGGCCUGAGGUCCUACCUGCUUAUGCUGCCACUGUGGUUCCGGGCCCCUUUCUUCAGGGACUACAUCAUGUGUGCAGGGCUAAUUCCCUCAGAUAAAAACAGCGCCAGCUACCUCCUGCGGAGGAAAGGAGGGGGCAAUGCCGUGGUGAUAGCGGUGGGCGGUGCCCCUGAAGCCUUAGAUGCCCAUCCUGGUGCCUACUGCGUGCUUCUGGCCAAUAAGAAGGGUUUUAUCAAACUGGCAAUGGAACACGGUGCCCACCUGGUGCCAGUGUACUCUUUCGGAGAGAACGAGGUCUUUGACCAGGUGCAGAACCCCAAAGGCACCUGGCUCCGAUGGAUUCAGGACCGGCUGCAAAGCAUCAUGGGCAUUUCUUUGCCACUUUUCCACGCACGGGGAGUAUUCCAGUACAGCAUCGGUGUCAUUCCCUACAGGAAGCCAAUCAACACAGUCGUGGGUAAGCCAAUCAGAGUGGAGAAGAAGGAGAAGCCGUCGUCCGAUGAGCUGGAUGAUCUUCAUCAGGUGUACAUGGACGCCCUGAGCAAACUGUUCGAGGAGCACAAGGGCAAUUAUGGCGUACCUGAGGACGCACACCUGAGCUUCAUCUAAGACUGACGUUCCUCCCUCUCCCACAUCUACACACACGCACACACACACACACACACACACGCACACGCACACGCACACGCACACACACAAGCCACACAUGCACACACACACACCACACACACACACACUCCUGAUAUGCUACUGAUGAUGGUAUCUGUUGGUGAAUCAUCUUUACUGCUCUGCAGAUGACUCAGCUCUAGCCGCUCACCUCAAGUUCUAUCAACACUGCCAGAGGAACAGGAAAAAGACAUCAUGGACACACACACACACACACACAGACACACACAGACACACACAGACACACACACACACACCUCAAGUUCUAUCAACACUGCCUGAGGGGAAAAGACAUCAUGGACACACAUGGACUUGUAUGCUGGGGACAGGGCCAGUAUGAUACAUGUACGAGAGAGUUAUAUAUAUUAAUACGACAAACAUUUAUAGAUAUAUUUGCAUUUAAAAGCACCAUGGAGCUGUCUCUAAUAUCGCUCAGGUUUAGAAGUACUGCUUCUCAAAGAAAACAUGCUCUGGACAGAUGUCAGGAUUUCUGAGCAGGUUUUCAAAAGCUCAUCUUAACAUUUGCUGUGAUCUUUAAAAAAGAAAUGUAAUCUUAAGAAAUGUGUCUCUUGGCCCUACAUUUGCUGCCUAAUCCCCGGAGACAGUAACAUCUGUCAGGAGGAUAUGUUGACUUAACUGCAGGUUAAGCAAACUCAAAUAAUCUGUUGAAAUACCUUCCACAUACUACAAAUAAAGACAGAAUUUUGUGUCAUUAUAUAAACAGAAUCAAGCAAAAACGGAUGUAAAUCCAUUCCCAUUUCACCAGAGAUUUGUAUUGAAACAAAAUUGUAAAAAUGUUGACCUCACAAGUAAUGUCAAUCGUAGAUCCACAGCGCAACCUCUAAUAAUGCUAUUUACUAAUUUUUUGCAAAUGUACAUUGUACAUUUACUGUAACAUGCUGAUCAUUGUACAUAGUUCAAUAGUGUAAUUAUGAUGUCUCAUAUGUGAAAUCGCCAAAGAAAUAAAAAUGUACCAGACCAAGGUUA